CUCUCUCUCUCUCUCUCUCUCUCCGUGGCUCUUGACUUCCACUACUCUGUCCUCUCCACUGCUUCAAAGUGCCUUUUUUUUUACUUCAAGUUUCUCUCUUCAACACUCAAAACACGCAAAAACCAGAAAGCUGGGAUCUUUACUGGUUAAUAAUAUCUAUGAAAGGAGAAGGGAAGAUGGUGAUUAUGUCCAAGAUGAAGUGGGUUGGUUUAGUUGGGCUAGUUCUGUCAGCCUUUUCUCUCUUUGUACAUUUUUUGCUUGCUAGAUACACUGAGGAAGGCAUUUCUGAUUACCAGUCUUCAGUCACAAUCUUUUCUUGGAGACCCAUCUUUGAAAACUCUGACUUUGCCAAGAAUAGUCCCUUGUACAGAAGACUAUGGGGUCAAGUAAGGCGGCUUGAAUCCUUACAUCCAGAUGCAAAUCCCAGAGGAUAUUAUGCUGAUCCCCGAUCAGAAUCAAGUGGGUAUGUGUUUGUUAGGAUACAAGGUGGAUUCCAUGAAAUAAGGAAUUCGAUAUGUGACGUGGUUGCGAUUUCUAGGCUUCUUAAUGCUACUUUAGUUAUUCCUGAGAUCCAAUCAACAACAAGCAGCAAAGGAAUCAGCUCCGAGUUCAAGAGUUUUGCAUACCUAUAUAAUGAGGAUCAAUUCAUGGCAGCUUUGGUGAAAGAUGUUAAAGUUGUGAAAACCCUUCCGCAAAAUCUUAAAGGUGCAAGGAGGAAAAAAAAGAUCCCAUCAUUCAGAGUGCCUAAUUCAGCUUCACCAUAUUUUUAUUUGCAUCAUGUUCUCCCAGUACUUAAUAAGCAUGCAGUGGUUGAACUAGUUGUUUCUGAAGGGGGGUGCUUGCAGGCUAUACUUCCACCCCAUCUUGAAGAAUAUCAAAGGCUGAGGUGCAGAGUUGGUUUUCAUGCCUUACGGUUUCGGCAAGAGGUCCAGGAACUUGCAACUAAAAUAUUGCAUAGGUUACGGGCACCUGGUAGACCAUUUAUAGCCUUUGAUCCUGGUAUGACGAGAGAUGCCUUAGCAUACCAUGGCUGUGCUGAACUUUUCCAGGAUGUGCACACUGAACUUAUUCAGCACAAAAGAGCUUGGAUGAAGAAACAUGGGAUUGUUAAGGGGAAGCUUUCUGUAAAUUCAGCCAAACAACGUCUUAAUGGUUCAUGUCCAUUAAUGCCAGAAGAGGUUGGUAUUCUUCUACGUGCGUAUGGAUAUUCAUGGGACACAAUUUUAUAUAUCUCCGGGGGAGAAGUUUUUGGUGGCCAGCGGACACUGAUUCCUCUUCAUGCCAUGUUUGAAAAUACUGUUGAUAGAACUUCUCUCGGUGCUGCAUGGGAGAUGAGUAGAAUUUAUGGUCGUGAGGUUAACAUUGUUGACACUAAAUUAAGGGCUCCACCUUCUGUUGUGCAAGAAAAAAAGCUUGGAGCAUGGAAAAAUGCAGGCCCGCGUCCCCAUCCACUUCCACCCCCUCCAGCUCGGCCUAAAUAUCCACACAACAUUGAAGGUUGGUGGGGUUGGGUGGCUGAGAGUGAUAACGAGCCUGAGAGUACAGUAAUGGAGUUGAGGACCAAUGCCCAUAAGCUAUUAUGGGAAGCAAUUGACUAUUUGAUUUGUGUUGAAGCUGAUGUUUUCAUCCCUGGGUUUGACCGUGAUGGGAAAGGACGUCCAAAUUUUGCCAGCUUGGUAAUGGGGCAUAGGCUCUAUCAAUCAGCUGCAUCUAAAACAUUCCGGCUAGACAGAAAGGAAGUUGUCAAGCUUUUGGAAGAAAACCGCGAACAUUUGUACCAAGCAAAUCAUACCUGGCUGACUUCAAUACGCAAACAUCUUAGAAGAAGUUUAAUUGAUGGUGUAAUAGAAGCAUCCUCAAAAUCAAAGCCAUUUUCUUUUCUCUCCCAUCCAGCGCCUGAAUGUUCUUGCUUGAGAUAUGAUCCUACCAAACCAGUUGAGGCUUCCCUUGGAGUUAUGCAUAGUUGCCCUAAGUGGAUGGAUAGUGAGAUAAAAACAAAAUCGAAGGAUAAAGAAACUGAAGAGGAUUCUGACGAAGAUGUUUCCUCAUCUUCUGGACUGUUUUUCAAGAAUAUUGGUGGAAAUAAUCAGAGUGGAGGUGGAGAAUUGAUCAAGGAAGAGUCUCAACUAGAUGAUCAAGAAGAACUUGAGGGCUCAGACUGAUAAGAGCCCAUGAGUUCUAAUAGUAGGCUCUUGAGUGCCUUGGACAUCGUCCCCUACCACCACCACGUUUUCUGCAUGGGGUAUUGAGUUUCAUAACUUGGAGGGAGAAAAGUUGUGAAGAGCAGUUAUCGGCUUCUGCCUUGAUAGGAGAGGGAAAAUGUUGAGAUGGGAGUUGAAAAACUUGAUGGCUCUCAAACUCAGCACAACUCCAGAUCCAUAAGCUCAGGUUGAAGCACUGUGACAUUGACAUAUGCUAAUGCAAGCUAUUCAAGCUCCUUUGGGAAAUAUUUCAGCCAUCAUAUUGGAAGCGAAAAGUCAAUUUUGAUGCAGACAGAUUGCUUCUGAUGGGAUAACCCAAGAGCAGACCAUUUUUGUAGGAAGCUCUAAUAUUCCUAGGCAUACUAAUGCGCACAUCAAUGUAACAUGGUUGAUAGCGGAACAAUACAGAUAUUUAAUCCAUGACAGAAUAUAUCGAUUCUUUCUGUUA